AUGAUUCUUUUAACGCUGGAUUCUAUUUGGUUCAACUUUAUUCCUUUAUUUUUAUUAACUUUUUGCGAAACAGAAGGAAAACCAAAGGAAGUGAUCUAUACAAAUUCGAUUCGAGCCCUGUCUGAGCUUCGGGAGAUUGAAAAUUCCUAUAUGGAGCAUUUGACAAACUAUGUUACCCUUCUGCACCAGAAAGUCGAAAGUUUGCGAAUGUUUAUUAAUUCUGAUGAACAUGAGAAUCUUCAUAAUACGGAAGAUCGCAUUCAAUAUUUGUCCAAUCCAUUAAAUACCUUGGGUCUUGUAAGACGAGCUCAUGAAGAUUGGCCCAAGUUGAUUGCUUACAUCAAGAAUCCAGAUCCUGCAAAGGUUGAGAUUGAAGAAAUGGAUAAGCUUGUAAAUCGAACACCCACUGCGGAGGAUAUGCAAGAGGCCUUGUUGGGAAUGGAAAGGAUUGAGCACUUUUAUGACCUGAAGUCAUCGGAUAUGGCCAAGGGUCUUUUGGCGGGCCAACAGCUGCAAACCCGAAUGUCCGCUCCCGAUUGCCUGGCUAUGGCGGACUAUAUGUACAACAGAUCAGAAUUUCGACUGAGUGCCCAGUGGUAUCGGUUAGCUUUGAGUGUUUUUAGAGAGCCCCCGAAUAGUAUUGCUCGCCAAUUCUAUCUUCCAAAGCGAGAAGAGCUACAAAAAAUGUUCAUCAUAAGUCGGCUUCAAGAGGGUUCGCUUGACAGCAUCAGCGACUAUCUGAGGGAACUAUCCGAAGAGCCAGGGACUCCACUGGCCCACUUAAAGCCGAAGCCACCUACCUCUGACAUUGAACGGGGCUGCAGGGGAAAGUUUCCACCAGGUCCUCGACUGGUGUGUCGCUACAAUAGCACCACAACACCAUUUAUGCGAAUAGCUCCUCUCAAGGAGGAGGAGAUCAGCAGGAACCCGCUUAUCUGGCUAUAUCACGAUGUGAUCUACAACAGUGAGAUUGCUCAACUGACGAAUUUGACCCGAGAUGAGAUGAUCCUGGGCACUACUGAUAACUACACAACUCCAGACCAGGUCAGUCGUCUUUUUUACGUAAAAGUCACCGACGACGAUGGCGGCAAUUUGGACAAGACAUUGAUAAAUCGCAUGGCGGAUAUAUCGGGGCUCGAUGUUGGCAAUACAACUUCAUUGGCCAGAAUUAAUUAUGGCUUGGGUAGUUACUUUCCAGAGCACAGCGACUACGUAGACCCCAGACUUCAUCCGGAACUGAGCGAGGAAGGUGACCGACUAAUGACUUUUUUGUUCUAUGUGACCGAUGUUCCAUUGGGUGGUGCCACUAUUUUUCCGGACGCAAAACUAGCCAUUCAGCCGAAGAAGGGUUCGGCCUUGUUCUGGUACAAUCUGCACAAUAAUGGCGAACCAAACCCAUUGACCAGGCACGCCGUUUGUCCCAUGAUCCUGGGCAGCCGGUGGGUUCUAGUCAAGAGCAUGUUGAACUAUGAGCAAAUGUUUACAAAACCCUGUUACAAGUAG